AUUUCAAAAUUCAGUUGGCGUGUAACUGCUCAGCGAUAAAGACGUGUGGCUAGGAGUCUCUCAAGCUCAAGCGGUACGGCAACAAAUAACAAACGUAACCAACCAAACAAUCGGCAACGAACAAACACAAACGUGUACACUCUGAUAUACAACAACAACUCUGGCUAAAACUAACAACGGAACGCAACAACUGGCCAAAAGUAAACCACAAACAUAUAACUAAACACACAAAACACUAAGUCAUAAAACAAAAAAAAAAGAAUUAAAAAAAAUUUCAAAUAUGUGUAAUUUAAACUUUUGGAAAUUGCUCUUCAACAUCUCCAUAAUUGGAUUAACAUUUUUCAAUGGAUUAUCACAUGCCAAAGGCACACACAAAGUUCAUUGCAGUGAAGAUUUAAUGCGCGUCGAAAUUGGCCUGCCAGAAGCCAUUGCCACGGACGAGAGCAGCAGUAGCUCUGCAAGCUCUACGACCGCCAACACUGAAAAACCACAAAUCUACCUGGAAGGCCUUAAGGGCUAUCCGGAUGAACGUUGUCAUCCUGAAAUUAACGGUUCUCUUGCUGUAUUCCGCUUGUCAUUGACUGAUUUUUAUGAAUGCGGUGUUACGCGUAUGGUCAAUCAGUUAACGGGUAAAAAAGUCUAUUAUCACAAAAUCAUAAUUCAGUCUACAAAUGGCAAAGAAAUCGUCAGUGUUAAAUGCAUCACCAGUGGCCCGGUUUUCAAUUUAAUGAUGAACGAAACUGCCCAUGAACAACCGCAUUUUAUUUUCCAACAAGAACCACAGGAGCAGCCACUACAACAUCAUGGCGUGGUGAGACGCGAUGUUCUUCCAGCCGGAUUUCAAGAACCAGAAGACUUGGAAAUCACCACCUCAUUAACUGAACGAGCCCCUGAACCACGUCUGGCAAUUGGUGUUAGUCAAAAUGGCAAGCGAGUAACAGGUGAUUUGACAGUGACUCCCGGCACUCCACUGACCAUGGAAAUUUCAUUAGAUCGUGAUUCGGCACCUGUAUAUGGUCUAGGAGUCAACUAUUUGGAAGUAACCGAUACCAGACUUCUGUCUGAAACAAUUAUCUUCAAAGGUUGCACAGUGGAUCCGUAUCUCUUUGAAAAUUUCAAUACCAUUGAUGGCGAUACUUUGAGUGCUAAAUUCAAAGCUUUUAAAUUUCCCGACUCAUCCUAUGUGCAAUUCCGUGCCACCGUCAAUGUGUGCUUGGACAAAUGUUUGGGUACCCAAUGUUCGAAUGGUCAAAUCGGCUAUGGCCGCAGAAGACGUGACACAUCCGAUAUGAUGAUGACACCCUUCCAGGAUACCAACAAGGUCUACGAAAUCUCUUUGGCCAUGUUCAUCAAGAUCAAUGAUAUUGAGGGCGUGAAUAGAAAUGAGGUCUUACGCCUGGAGGAAAAGCUACGCGAAUUGAAAUUGGCCAAUCAACGUUUGGCCCGCAACAGCCGUGGCCAUUUCGUCGAACCUCUGCUCAAAACAUCCGAACAACUGCCUCUAUCGGUGCCAGCCUUCGUAGUCGAUGAAAAAGAAUUGGAACAGGCAAGAAAUAAUGGACCAGCUGCCUUGUUAGCCACACCACUCGUGAUAUUCUCCUCAAUUCUAGCAAUGCUAUGUAAAUUUUUGUAAAUAAUUAUCUUAAAUAAAAAAGAAACAUGGAAUUGUGAAAAUUUAUUAGGGGAGAAGUUAAAAAAAAAGAAUUAAACUAAACAACUUUAAAUUUGUAAAAUUAUCCCUCCAGUCUUAAUUUGACAAAAUUAUUUGAAUGUUCAAGAAAAAGAAAACAAACAAAUAUUUUUGUUAAAUUGACACAAGCACGCAUAAAAUUGUUAAUAUAAUUGAAAAAAAAAAACAUUUUUACACAUUAACUAUGAUAUGAUAAACUAAAAAGUAAUACUUGCUUAAAUGUCCUUAAUUAAGAAAAAAAAUAUAUAAACGAUAACUGCUUAAAAUUAAACUGCCAUUUGUUUUUAUAUUACUACUUAAAUUUAUUAAUCUUUUUCCCUCGAACAUCUUGAUAUUGGAAAAUUCUACUAAAUUACCUUUUUUUGGCAGAUUUGAACUUUCCACCUCAACCUUGGGCCUGAUUAAAGAUUCGACUGUGUAAAGUUUUGCAAAACAUUAACAAUUUCAAUUUAAGCCCCUUGUAAUCAACCUCAUACUUCUUUUAAAAUUAAGCAUUACUAGUCUACUAAGAUUAAAGUUUAAGUAAGCUUAAAAUAUUAAAAUUGUACCGAAAUAUAUUAAUUAAUUGUAAAAACAAGACACUCAAAUAAAAAUUAAUAAAAAAAGAUACUAAAACUUACGCCUAACGACAAAACAA